AUGCCCCAUAACGACAACAGCCACGAUGCUUACGACGCUCUCCUCCCCCCAGCCUUCAUAGACGAUGACCCCCCGCCCCCCCGCCGCUUCACCUUCUCCCCAGCCCACAGAGUAUUCUUGACUAUCCUUGUCACCGAGUUUGCAUUCUGUCUUACAGAUACCACCCUACUGUAUGCUUUCAAGCGUAUGAUAUGCGACGAAUACUACAAGGACCACGAGUGGGAUCACACUGGACGGCACAAGUGCUCUGUACCCGCCGUAGCCGCCUCCUAUGCCAGGAGCUACUCAUUGGCAAUUGGGAUAAUGACUGUAGCAGCUGUCGUGAGCGUCUUUGCCACCAACUCGCUCAUCACGAAAUACGGUCCCCGCAAAGUCUUUACCCUCCAGCCGGUUUCCCUGUUCCUCUGCAUUCUCAUACAGACUUACGGUCUAUCAGUAGGCGGGCUUACCGGCGUGCACAUCCUUCAAUGGUCAGGCCUCGUCUAUCUCUUCGGAUCAGGGGCUGGGUUGAGGAUCGCUAGCAACGUGUUGAUCACGCGGCUAGUGUCAGAGGAAGAGAGGACAGGCGCUUUUGGGGUUAUUGAUGGCAUGUUCAAGAUCGGAACUGCCCUCGGCUAUGCGUUCGAUGGAUAUCUGUACGAUACUUAUGGCUUGUACGCGCCAUUCAAGACCGGCUUGGCCAUGUCGGUCAUUUGCAUCAUCGUCGCUCUGCUCAUUCUUCCCGAGGUCCCCGAAACGGCUCAAGUAUCUCAAGAAAGCCCAUCAGAAUCACUGAUCUCACCUUUGAAAGUGUUCAUGCCCCGAAAGAAUCACGGGCCAAGCGGAAGGAGAGGCGGGCUGGAUUGGAAUGUGACCCUGCUGGGUCUGGGGAUCUUUUUCACGGUGAUGGUGACUGGCUAUUUUCCCAGAAUGCUGAAGAUGGCAGGGAUGGACAUGUUUGGAAUGAGCGCCAAGACGAACGGCAUUAUGACUUCUCUUAACAUGCUCCUCGAAGCGCUCUUCCUCACCAUCCUCUUUCCCCGCAUCAUCAAGUGGGGCCGCUCUAGAGCCCCUGCACCUCCCUCGUCCCCUUCGCCCCUCUCCCCGCUACCCGCUCAAGACACCUUCGACCUCUACUUCCUCCAGGCCUCUGCCCUCUUUGAGACCAUCGUUACCUUUAUCACUACGCUCGCACAAUCGAGCUGGCAGAUCUUUACUAUUGCGAUGGUGCUUCCGCUUUCGAGCGGAUUGUCACCCGCUUGUACCGGGGUGCUUGUAAAUCUAGUGGACGAGAGUCAGCAGGCGGAUGCGCUGAGCGCUAUAAGUCUUGUGGGGUGGUGUGCAUAUCUCACUGCUGUAUCGUUAUUUGGAACAAUCUACGCCAGUCUUAACAAAGAAGCGCUGGGCAGGCUCAUCUUCUUGGUCAACGGCUGUGCCGUGCUGUUAGCAUUCAUCAUGUUUGCUCUCAUUCGCAAUCGUAGAGUUUCCAGGCUACCUGGGGCGUAUGUACAGCUUCAAGCAUCGCCUGUAGCGUAA